GCCGGCUAACAGAAGUGCCGAGUUGGGAAGACAGUUUUGGGGUAUGCAGUGCCCUGAGGGUACUCCCGGUCCAGGAACUUCCGAGUGGGCCCGAUUUUCUGCAGCUGUUUAAGGAGUAGCGCUUCGGUAGCCGGGGAGCUGGAGGGGAACCUGAUUUGAGAUCAAUUCUUGGAGAACACAAAGAAGUGUGGUGGUAUGUUCCACAUCUGAAAAUACUAGAACUCUGAAUGUAGAUUCCAGUGCAAUGACUCUGCCUGUGUCUGAUCCAACUGCAUGGGCCACAGCAAUGAAUAAUCUUGGAAUGGCUCCACUGGGAAUUGCUGGACAACCAAUUUUACCUGACUUUGAUCCUGCCCUUGGAAUGAUGACUGGAAUACCGCCGAUAACUCCAAUGAUGCCUGGUUUGGGAAUAGUACCUCCACCAAUUCCUCCAGAUAUGCCUGUAGUAAAAGAGAUCAUACACUGCAAAAGCUGCACCCUCUUCCCUCCCAGCCCAAAUCUCCCACCACCUGCAACACGAGAAAGACCGCCAGGGUGUAAGACAGUGUUUGUGGGUGGCCUGCCUGAAAAUGGAACAGAGCAGAUUAUUGUGGAAGUGUUUGAGCAAUGUGGAGAGAUCAUUGCUAUCCGGAAGAGCAAAAAGAACUUCUGUCACAUUCGCUUUGCUGAGGAGUACAUGGUGGACAAAGCCCUUUAUCUUUCUGGUUACCGAAUUCGCCUGGGCUCUAGUACUGACAAGAAGGACACAGGCCGACUUCAUGUUGACUUUGCCCAAGCUCGAGAUGACUUAUAUGAGUGGGAGUGUAAACAGCGUAUGCUAGCAAGAGAGGAGCGUCACCGUAGACGGAUGGAAGAAGAAAGACUUCGUCCACCAUCCCCACCCCCCGUGGUCCACUAUUCAGAUCAUGAAUGCAGCAUUGUUGCUGAAAAACUAAAAGAUGAUUCCAAAUUCUCAGAAGCUGUGCAGACCUUGCUAACAUGGAUAGAGAGAGGAGAAGUGAACCGCCGCAGUGCCAACCAUUUCUAUUCCAUGAUCCAGUCAGCUAACAGCCACGUCCGCCGCCUGGUGAAUGAGAAAGCUGCCCAUGAAAAAGAGAUGGAAGAAGCAAAGGAGAAGUUCAAGCAGGCCCUUUCUGGAAUUCUCAUUCAGUUUGAGCAGAUAGUAGCUGUGUACCAUUCUGCUUCCAAACAGAAGGCAUGGGACCACUUCACAAAAGCCCAACGUAAAAACAUCAGCGUUUGGUGCAAACAAGCUGAGGAAAUUCGCAACAUUCAUAAUGAUGAAUUAAUGGGAAUCAGGAGAGAAGAAGAAAUGGAAAUGUCUGAUGAUGAAAUAGAAGAAACAAAGGAAACAGAGGAAUCAGCCUUAGUGUCACAAGCAGAAGCUCUGAAGGAGGAAAAUGAUAGCCUCCGCUGGCAGCUAGAUGCCUACCGGAAUGAGGUAGAACUACUCAAGCAAGAACAAGGCAAAGCCCUCCGGGAGGAUGACCCAAACAAGGAACAGCAGCUGAAACUUCUGCAGCAAGCCCUCCAGGGGAUGCAACAGCAUCUGCUCAAAGUCCAAGAAGAAUACAAAAAGAAAGAAGCUGAACUUGACAAAAUCAAAGAUGACAAAUUACAGGUGGAAAAAAUGUUGGAAAAUCUUCAAGAAAAGGAAAACUGUGCUUCUAGACUGUGUGCAUCAAGCCAGGAAAGUGACUACCCUCUUGAGAAGACCAUGACCAGCAGUCCAAUCAAGUCUGAACGUGAAGCACUGCUAGUGGGGAUCAUCUCCACAUUCCUUCAUGUUCACCCAUUUGGAGCAAGUAUUGAAUAUAUCUGUUCCUACUUGCACCGUCUUGAUAAUAAGAUCUGUACCAGUGAUGUGGAAUGUCUCAUGAGUAGACUCCAGCAUACCUUCAGACAGGAAAUGACUGGAGUUGGAGCCAGCCUAGAGAAGAGGUGGAAAUUCUGUGGCUUUGAGGGCUUGAAGCUGACCUGAAUCUCUUUGUCUAACAAUUUGGUAUCCUGAAAAUAAAUGUAUGCUGGACAAGCUUAGGACAUAAUUUUUUUUUUAAAUUCUCAGUGGUUUUCAAGUGGACAUUGCUUUCAAUAUGUCAAUUCAUUCCUAAAUAUCUUUAAAGUUAAAAUAAGGAUCCUAAAACCGCACUUCAAGCUACAGAUCCUAAAAAGAAAUUGCCUUGAACCUCAAGUGCUGUAACUUCCUCCUAUUUAUGGCAAUUGGUUGAUGUUUCUUAUAAGUAGCCUUGAAAAAUUCCUGAAGCUAAAGAGUAUUUGGAGUGUUUUCAGUAUCUGUACUACUGUUGUAGGCAUUGUAUUUUUCAACACUGUUAACUGAAAUGUUUUGAUGAUUUGUACGUGCUUUGUGUCUCCAGAUUUCUCCUCACAUGUUGCAACUGGUAAAAGGAAUGAAAAGAGCACUAGGAAUGCUCUGUAACUGCCAUUGUCUUUCCAAUUCAUGGUAAACACUAAAUGAAUAAUCCAUCAGUGUCUUCUACAAGGUGCUUCACCAGUUCACCUUUCAAAUACAAAAGCAUGAACUGUGGCUUUUUGUAAAAAUACUCUGAACCAAAAGUUGACAAAUGUUCCAAAGUUAUUUUCUCUAAUAGAGAAAAGGCCUAUUUCAGAAUUUUAAAACAAGAAAUCUAGAUGGAUUCACAGACAGUCUCCAGUUUGACUAUCAUGUUUAUGGUUUUCAGAACUACUUGUAAAUAGUCUUCCUUUAAAAGAGGGCAUAUUUAAUUUUGUAGGAAUUAAAAUGCAGUCAGGCAUGGGCACAUGUGCACACACAUACUAGCAGAAAGGAUUUAUUUUAAUAGUCGUUCCCCUCUGGCCUUCUUACAUUCUGUUGCUCCCUUUUUCCUGCUGUUAGUUGUUUAAUUGCAAACUGUGUAUUGCUGUAAAUACUGUUUACCUUAUGCUGAAUGUUUGUAAAGAACUGAUGUGAGUACUGAAAGUAAUGAACUAAUGAAUAAAAAAUGGGCCAGGGCAUGAGGCAUCCUGCACUUAUGUCAGCUCUAUGCAGAAUGCUGAUGCCUCUGCUUCAGCCAUGCCCAUCUGUAUGUUGCAAUGGCCUCGUCAAGUGUAAGUGGACCAUUCAGGAAGUCCUGCCUCAUAGAAAAAGAAAAGAAAGGGUAGAAUUAGAGGGUAUUCCCCAGAGGUAGAGUUGAUUUUUAUUAUUUUCGUGGUGGGGAUGGUGGUACUUGUAAUUUCAAAAGCAUGCCCUCCCUUAAGCUCAGUUGAAAGUGAGCCUAGCCAAUGAGAGUAUUUCCUGAAUAUACUUGCAAACAAGAUGUGAGUCGUGUUCAAAGAUGUAUUUUUAAAAUAUAAAUAUUCCUUUUUAUACCUUA